AUGUCGCAGCAGAAGCAGAAGCAAUGUGCGCCCCCUCAGCAGUGCUGCCCCCCUCCUCAGCAGUGCGCCCCCCCUCAGCAGUGUGCGCCCCCUCAGCAGUGCUGCCCCCCUCCUCAGCAGUGCUGCCCUCCUCCUCAGCAGUGCGCGCCCCCUCAGCAGUGCUGCCCUCCCCCUCAGCAGUGCGCGCCUCCUCAGCAGUGCUGCCCCCCACCUCAGCAGUGCGCGCCCCCUCAGCAGUGCUGCCCUCCCCCUCAGCAGUGCGCGCCUCCUCAGCAGUGCUGCCCCCCACCUCAGCAGUCUAAGCAGCCUUGCCAGCCACCACCCAAGUGCCAGCCGAAGUGCCCACCUGCUCAGCAGUGCCAGAAGUCCAAGCAGAAGUGA